AGUGGUGUGAGCUCCAGGGCUGACUGUGGCCACAGUCCUGGCUGCCCUAUCUGGGACGUAAGCUUGCUCUGGGAGUAACUUUGAGAGAGAGGAGAACAGAGAGGAGACCGGGAGUCAGAACAGGCCCCAGACCAGUCGUCAGCCUCCUGCCUGCCAGCGAGACCCAGGGCGGCCCUUCCAGGCUUCUCCGCUCCUCCCAAAGGAUGCUUUUGGAGUGAGGAGGGGCCAGGCUGCUCCUGGCCCCUGAGCACCCUCCAGAUCCCCUGACUCUCCCAGGACUUGCCGCAAUCAGGCCAGCCCUUUUACUGUUGCACGCUUGGGGUCCAGCAAAAUAACAGGACAGCGAGGAGGACUUCCUGGAAGGGGUGAUAGUGGACACCAGAAGCCUGUUUUGCAGGACACCAUGGGGCUUCCAGGUAUGAUGCCUGCUUCAGUCCUCAAAGGCCAGUUGUUCCUGUCCCUGCUGUGGCUGCUGGGACCACAGGCCUGCCAAGGCCUAGUCAUCACGCCUCCUGGGCCAGAGUUCAUCCUCAACAUCUCCAGCUCCUUUGUCCUGACCUGCUCGGGUUCAGCUCCGGUGAUAUGGGAACAGAUGCCCUGGCAAGAAGUGUCCACGAAUCAGGAUGGCACCUUCUCCAGUGUGCUGACACUGGCUAACGUCACAGGGGGAGACACCGGAGAAUACUUUUGUGCCUACAACGACUCCCUAGGGCCAGAGCUCAGUGAGCGGAAGCGCAUCUAUAUCUUCGUGCCAGACCCCACCAUGGGCUUCCUCCCUGUGGACUCCGAGGACCUAUUCAUUUUUGUUACGGAUGUGAGUGAGACGACAAUUCCGUGCCGAGUGACAGACCCCCAGCUGGAGGUGACACUGCAUGAGAAGAAAGUGGAUAUCCCCCUACAAGUACCCUACGACCACCAGCGUGGUUUCAUUGGCACUUUUGAGGACAAGACUUACAUCUGCAAAACCACCAUUGGGGACAGGGAAGUGGACUCUGAUACCUUCUAUAUCUACAGCCUCCAGGUGUCAUCCAUCAAUGUCUCUGUGAAUGCAGUACAGACUGUGGUCCGCCAGGGUGAGAGCAUCACCAUCCAGUGUAUCGUAAUGGGAAACGAUGUGGUCAACUUCCAGUGGACGUACCCCCGCAUGAAGAGUGGGCGGCUGGUGGAGCCGGUGACAGACUACCUAUUUGGGGUGUCCUCCCGAAUUGGCUCCAUCCUGCACAUCCCCACUGCUGAGCUGAGUGACUCGGGGACCUAUACUUGCAAUGUGUCGGUGAGCGUGAAUGACCAUGGAGAUGAGAAGGCCAUCAACAUCACUGUGAUUGAGAGUGGCUAUGUGAGACUGCUGGGGACCCUGGGUGACGUGCAAAUUGCUGAGUUGCACCGGAGCCGGACAUUGCAGGUGGUGUUCGAGGCUUAUCCGCCACCCACUGUCCUGUGGCUCAAGGACAACCGGACCUUGGGUGACUCCAGCGCCGGUGAGAUGGUUCUGUCUACUCGCAACGUGUCUGAGACCCGGUACGUGUCAGAAUUGACCUUGGUGCGUGUGAAGGUGGCAGAAGCUGGCUGCUACACUAUGCGGGCCUUCCAUGAGGAUGCAGAGGCCCAGCUCUCCUUCAAGCUGCAGGUCAAUGUCCCUGUCCGUGUGCUGGAGCUGAGCGAGAGCCACCCUGCCAAUGGCGAGCAGACAAUCCGCUGUCGUGGCCGGGGCAUGCCUCAGCCAAAUGUCACCUGGUCUACCUGCAGAGACCUCAAACGGUGUCCACGGAAGCUGUCACCCACACCCUUGGGGAACAGUUCCAAGGAGGAGAACCAGCUAGAGACUAAUGUGACUUUCUGGGAGGAAGAACAGGAAUAUGAGGUGGUGAGCACGCUGCGCCUGCGUCACGUGGACCAGCCAUUGUCAGUACGCUGUAUGCUGCAGAACUCAAUGGGCAGAGAUUCGCAGGAGGUCACCGUGGUACCACAUUCCCUGCCCUUCAAAGUGGUGGUGAUCUCAGCCAUCCUGGCCUUGGUGGUCCUCACCGUCGUCUCUCUCAUCAUCCUCAUCAUGCUGUGGCAGAAGAAGCCACGCUAUGAGAUCCGAUGGAAGGUGAUCGAGUCUGUGAGCUCUGAUGGUCAUGAAUACAUCUACGUGGACCCUGUGCAGUUGCCUUAUGACUCGACCUGGGAGCUGCCCCGGGACCAGCUUGUGCUCGGACGCACUCUAGGCUCUGGGGCCUUCGGACAGGUGGUGGAGGCCACGGCUCACGGCCUGAGCCACUCACAGGCCACCAUGAAAGUGGCCGUCAAGAUGCUGAAAUCGACAGCCCGGAGCAGUGAGAAGCAAGCCCUUAUGUCGGAGCUGAAGAUCAUGAGUCACCUGGGACCCCACCUGAACGUUGUCAACCUGCUGGGAGCCUGUACCAAAGGAGGUCCCAUCUACCUCAUCACCGAAUACUGCCGCUACGGUGACCUGGUGGACUACCUGCACCGCAACAAGCACACAUUCUUACAGCGCCACUCCAACAAGCCCCGCCCACCCAGUGCUGAGCUCUACAGCAAUGCCCUGCCCGUGGGGCUCCCCAUGCCCAGCCACUCGUCCCUGACUGGGGAGAGUGAUGGGGGCUACAUGGACAUGAGCAAGGAUGAAUCUGUGGACUACGUGCCCAUGCUGGCCAUGAAAGGUGAUAUCAAGUACGCAGACAUCGAGUCCUCCAGCUACAUGGCCCCUUACGACAACUGUGUCCCAUCUGCCCCCGAAAGGACAUAUAGGGCCACCUUGAUCAAUGAGUCACCAGUGCUCAGCUACACAGACCUCGUGGGCUUCAGCUACCAGGUGGCCAAUGGCAUGGAGUUCUUGGCCUCUAAGAACUGUGUUCAUCGAGACCUGGCGGCCAGGAAUGUGCUCAUCUGCGAGGGCAAGCUGGUCAAGAUCUGUGACUUUGGCCUGGCUCGAGACAUCAUGCGGGACUCCAACUACAUCUCCAAAGGCAGUACCUUCCUGCCGCUGAAAUGGAUGGCCCCGGAGAGCAUCUUCAACAGCCUCUACACCACCUUGAGCGAUGUGUGGUCUUUCGGGAUCCUGCUCUGGGAGAUCUUCACACUGGGUGGCACCCCUUACCCAGAGCUGCCCAUGAAUGACCAGUUCUACAAUGCCAUCAAGAGGGGCUACCGCAUGGCCCAGCCUGCUCAUGCCUCUGAUGAGAUCUAUGAGAUCAUGCAGAAGUGCUGGGAAGAGAAGUUUGAGACUCGGCCCCCUUUCUCCCAGCUGGUGCUGCUCCUGGAGAGGCUGCUGGGUGAGGGUUAUAAAAAGAAGUACCAGCAGGUAGAUGAAGAGUUUCUGAGAAGUGACCACCCAGCCAUCCUGAGGUCUCAAGCCCGCUUGCCAGGGUUCCACGGCCUCCGAUCUCCCCUGGACACUAGCUCUGUCCUCUACACUGCUGUGCAACCCAACGAGGGGGACAAUGACUACAUCAUCCCCUUGCCUGACCCCAAGCCUGAUGCCGCUGAUGAGGGCCUCCUAGAGGGUUCCCCCAGUCUUGCCAGCUCCACCUUGAAUGAAGUCAACACCUCCUCGACCAUCUCCUGUGACAGUCCCCUGGAUCUCCAAGAAGAACCGCAGGCAGAGCCUGAGGCAGAGCUGGAGCAGCCACAGGGCUCAGGCUGCCAGGGACCUCAGGCUGAAGCAGAGGACAGCUUCCUGUAGGCCCCACCCCACCCUGCCUGGAACUCCCAUUUGCCUCCCAGCACCCAGCCCUUGGCCUGGUCUGGCCUCCCUUGAAGGCCCCUGGUGUGUGGCACUCAAGGCUAGGGACCAGUUUAGCUGCGGACAGAACUGUGGGGACUGAGCCUCUGCUUCUGGAAAGCCAUGAGACUCCGGGCCAGGGCUCCUCCAGGGGACUCGGCUUCCCCAGAGGAAGAGUUGGGCUUGGCUGCCGGACAGGUAUGGCGCCUGGAUUCCUGGAGAGAGUCCUGGGUGUAAGGUUGUGUGUUCCCGUCCUCCAGUGUAGCCAGCUGCCCCUCAGCUGAAUCACUCUGCUUUGCUCUUCCCAAGAACUGGGCAAGAACCUGGGGCCUGGCUCCCGGCCAAACAGAGGCCAGCCUUGGACAAGGUCAUUUCAUUAGAACCCACCUCCCCGGUGCCAGCCUUAGCUUUCCCAGGCCCGAGCUGGUCUGGGGCCAGCCAUGCUUCAUGAACACUGUUAGGGGAGAAGGCAGAGCAAGGACGCUCUGGCCUGCAGCCCUCAGGUCACACCUGGCCACAAGAGGUACCCACGCCUUUCAUGGCCAUCGCCCGCUAGAGUCUGCCAGCACAUAACUCAUGCCUUCGUUUGCUAAGUGCCUCCCUGAAGGCAGCACUAGGAGCCCUGACUCUGCACUGGACCCUGCUGUGAGUCCUCGGAGGACCCCCUUGUUCUCUUCAGGUACCAGUUUCCUUUCCCCUCUGAAAACUGAGCAAGCUGGACUCAUUCACCCUGUGUACCCUGUCAAUUCUACAAUUCUAGAGUGUUCCAGGGCCUUGGACUUAUCCAGACAGAGUGGGGCCAAGUCUCUAAGCCACAUUUCUGGCUGGAGAUUCCAGAUACCACAUCUGGGGAUUCAGGAACUGAGCCUCUUCUUCAGGCCCCCAAGGGCAACUGCCCAGACCUUGACUUGGCGUAACAGUCAGUGUCCUAGGAAAACCCCCUACAGCUGUCUUGAGGACACAGAAGAAGAGCCAGCAAGAGUGGCAGAGAAGGCACGCCAGGCCACCUCAGGCCACUGCCACCAGGAGUGGACGUGAUGGACGAGCGUGAAGGCAGAUGUGUCCUGUGUAGGACGAGAAGCUUGAGGUGGGCCGGAGACAAGGAUGCCAUGGGGAUCGCCAUCUCUACUGACAGCUGUCCCUGUCCUCAAGGCGGCACCGCACAGGAAUGGCUUUGUCACUGCCCAAGUGGCUCUUCACCAGCCCUGAACCGGUGGACACUGGAGGAGCCGGGGGGAGGG